AUGCGCCUAUCGACGAUACUCGAGCUUUUGCUCAUAUUUCUGCUCAUCGCUUUCGCCGCUUACGGACGGGUGAUCGUUCCAGAAGGUCACGGCCGUGGCAUCGAGAGCAGGAGCAAGUCGAGCGCCGGUGGUAUCGCGUCCUUUAAACAGGCCGCCGAGAGAGUCAACCAGUACUGCACCUGUAGCGAGAAAAUCUGCAAUUGCUGCCAUAGUUUGAAAAUUUCGUUGAUCCCGAGUCCCGCUUGCGUGUCCCUGCAGUACCUGAAAUCCGACAAUCUGGCCAUGCAACUGAGCCUCAGGGACAGCAUACUGUCCAGCAACAUAUUUUACGGUAAGAACCCGAAGCAGGUCUGCGCCACUAUGCCGGGCAAGUACACGAAAGUGUGCGGCAGCAUAUACUCGAUCAAGAGAGAAAGCAACAGUCACUUCAAAGCCUGUCUCGGGCUCGAGUUGAAGACCAAUGGCAAAACGGACGCCAGAAUGAGCGUGAGCUGCUUCAGAUUCGGCCCCGACGGAAUCAAACUUCGAGCUGCCGAGCCACUGCCUCCGCUCUCAACGAAGGUCCCUUCCUCUUCCGACGAUGACUACGACGACUUCUUUGCAAUCGACGAGGACGACGACGACGACGACGACGACGAAGAGGACGAGGAGGAAGACGACGACGAUGACGAGCAAAAGGCACGGCCGGAGGACAGCGCGGUAUCCUCGGACGCGGAGGACGAGGACGAGGACGACGACGACCUCCUCGGGUUCACCAAUUUAUUUGACAUCUUGACCGGCGAGGAAGACGUGGAAAAUAAGAAAAAACCAGCCACCACUACCACCACGACCACGACCCUACCGUCGUCCUUCGUCAUACCGAUCCUGCCGGGCGCUACGUCGACCGAGACGCCGCUGGUCGAAGCCAACAGCGUAGCUCCGACCACGGACGCCUCGGCCGUGUCUACCGUUUCGGCUCAGUCGAGCUCCAGCGACCUGGACGCGGAAAAGGACAAUAACGAAGCUGCUAGCUCGACCGACGAGUAUCCCCCGGACUCGACCACUUUGAAACCAACGAGCGACGCGAACAACGAGGAAGCCACCAGCGCGGAAAUGGGCGUGACCGUGCAGGAAGCCAGCGCCACCGAGGAAGCCAACGCGAAGGCCCCCCCGAGGGUACACCUCGCUAACAAGCUCAAGAAGAAGCCGGGGAGCGUCGCCCACAAGGACAAGGUCAGUCUGUCGUCACAGAGCGCCAACGCCAUAAAGAACGACGACAAGAAGCCAGGCCAGCACGGCGAGGAGGAUGAAGACGAGGACGAGUACGACUACAACAGCGAAGCCGACGACAGCGACGAGGAGGAAGAGGAGACCGCGGUGGCUGAGGAGCCCCAGAGCGAGGGUGACGACAAGAAGCCGGAGGCGGAGGCGAACGAGGACGACGAGGACGAGGAGGAGUCCGAGGAGGAGGAGGACGCGGUUCUGAGUGCCCUGGUCGACGAGGAGGAAGAGUCGGAGGGGGAGAAGAACAAGACCAACAAGCUCGUCGACGGUGGCAAGGUCGCGGUCAAGAAGACGGACAAGUCGUCGCUGGAGGACGAGUACAACGACGAGAGCGACGAAAUCGACGAGCUGCUCGCGAGGCAGCAUCGCCAGCCCGAGAGCGAGACCGUGGGACCGGUGAGGUCCGCCAGGCAGAGCAAAGUCAUGAGAUUCUAA